GCAGGGAGGGCCCCGUCAUGGCUCUGAGGCGUGUCUGCUCCGCGCUGCGUCCCGGCGUCCCGCGCCUCGCCCCGCUGUCCACGGCGCCCGCGGCCCGCGAGCAGCCCGCCGCGGGGCCGGGGCCCGUGCCGGAGUGCGGGGCGGCCGAGGCCGUGCGGCCGCCGGUGCCCGCCGUGGAUUUCGGCAACGCGCAGGAGGCGUACCGGAGCCGGCGUAGCUGGGAGCUGGCGCGCAGCCUGCUGGUGCUGCGCCUGUGCGCCUCGCCCGCGCUGCUGGCGCGCCACGAGCAGCUGCUCCACGUGGCCAGGAAACUGUUGGGACAGAGGAUUUUGACAACUCAUGAAGAUGACCUUCUACGGGCAGUUUGUGGCCGGCGAGGACCAGGAGUCCAUCCGACCCCUGAUCCAGCACAACAAGGCCUUUGGCGUUGGCUCCAUCCUGGACUACGGCGUGGAGGAAGACUUGAGCCACGAGGAGGCGGAGCGCCAGGAGAUGGAGUGAGGCCAAGUGGAUGGGGUGGGUGGGGGCGGGGCCUGGCCUGGCCUGCCGCCAGCCCUCCUGGGUUGGUUCUACCUGGAGUUCUUUUCGUCUUGGCCACGUGCAGGUGACACAGAGCCUGGUGUGACCCCGAGGGUGCCGGGGUCAGGGACAGUGACCCUCCGUCCAUCCAGCCCCGCCACCUGGGUCUCACGUGGCUUGUGGUCUAGGAAUGGGUUUUGCAUUGCAAGUGUUUGAGAAAGGAAAAAAAAAUCAGUGCAUAAUUCUCCUUUGUGACAUGAAUCCCGAUGGGAAAUCCAAGGUGCUUUUAUGUGGUUCCCCCAGCCAGGGCUGCCGAGCCGGCUGCUCCUGGCCGCAUGCACACACGUAGCCAGCCCUGCCCUGCCCUUGCUUUUCAUUCAAGAUCUGACCAGCCAGGCGGGUUCUGCCAC